CGUGUUUUACUAUUGUGUGGAUAUGAUGUCAUUGAGUUCGUUUUAUUACGGCUGAAGGAAGCUUGAACUUGAAGAGACAAUGGUCAUUUCAAAACUUGCCACCAAUUGUUCAAGAAUUUCAAAUGCACAAUGGUACAAAACGGUAAUGAUGUGCCGUCCAAAGUAUUUUGAUGUGUGCCAUCAUCUUCUUAAUGCCCACAUGGAGAUGAAAAUUCCCGUGAAAAAGGGUCUCGCUGCCAAACAAUGGGAGAAUGCCUAUAAUACACUUCAUGCGAACAAUGUGAAAGUGGAACUUUUGGAGCCCCAACAGGGCUUACCUGAUAUGGUAUUCACAGCAAAUGCCGGUAUUGUCCAUGGCAAUAUAGCUGUUGUCUCCAGCUUUGGUGCUGUACCUCGUCAGCCAGAAACUCAACACCACAUUCAUUUUUUCAAAGAUCGAGGUUUUGAAGUCAUUAUCCCCUCAGAUCAUAAUGUUCAAAUUGAGGGCUGUGGUGAUUUUAUGCCCACACAUGAUGGUGAAAAUUAUUUUGUAGCUUAUGGUUUCCGAAGUGCAUUUAAAGCAUAUGCCUUUAUUAAGGAUGCCUUAUCUCUCCCAAAAGAUCGUUUACAUCACAUGAAAUUAAUGGAUCCCCAUUUCUACCACAUUGACACAGCAUUGAUGAGCCUAACACGUGGACAUCUUAUGUACUAUCCUGGUGCUUUUGAUAAAGAAUCAGAGAAGAAGAUAUUGGAUAUUGGAAGUCAUAAAGUCAUCCCAAUUGACCGGCAAGAUGCCAUGGAUUUUGCCUGUAAUUCAGUGAAUUUCAUUGACAACGAUGAACAUAUUCUGGUGGGAAACAAAUUUAGCAAUGAUCUCAAAAGAAAACUCAAUGACUUUGGUUAUAAAGUAAUAGAGACACCGUAUGAACAGUUCUUAUUGGCUGGUGGAAGUAUCAGGUGUUCUGUUCUUGACAUUGGAAAAUCUGACUUGUACGAAAAUGAAUAAUGUUAUUUAGAGAAUAUAUUAAAAUCUGAAAGAAUCUUUGUCA